CUGGAUGGAUGUUAUCACUCUCAGAGGGAGACUCUGUUCAACAUCAGCUCAAGAGCUGCUCCACAACAACAGAACGGAUUUAGGGAAUAUAUUAGCCCACACAAGGAUGCUACCGGGAUUAAAGCUAAAAUGAGUUGGAAUAGGGGUUGUUGGUUGUUGGCGGCUGACUUUAUUACCAUUUAAAAGAGAGUUGUUGGAUAUACUCACUUCAAAAGGUGAGCUCGUGGAGUGAAAUCUCUUCACUCGAACUCUCGCGCGGAAAAAACAACAAAUCCAAAACCAUGAGAUUAAAACAUGAAAUGGGAUACUGUUUCUUAGUGGCAAUGGUUUGCUUACCUUUUGCAAAAGGUCGAGCGCCGCCCCGGACUACUAACAUAACCGUAGCCGUGAUGCUUCCAGACAAUUAUCAAAAAUACCCCUGGGCUCUGGCGAGAGUUUUCCCGGCGAUACUCAUGGCACGUGAGGACCUCCAGGAGAAGUACGGGCUCCUCGUGGGCCGCUCCAUGAACAUCCUAAACUUCAGCACGGAGGACCCGGUGGCGGGCUCCUGCGUGGAGAGCAAAGCGCAGGUAGUCGCCGUGGACGCCAAACUUUACAUCCGUCCCGAUGUGUUCAUCGGACCGGGAUGCGUGUACCCCCUCGCCUCGGUGGGGAGGUUCGCGUCUCACUGGAAGCUGCCGUUGAUAACGGCCGGAGGCCCGGCGUACGGGUUCGAUAAGCGGGAAGAGUACCGGACAAUCAUGCGCACCGGACCGUCGACCACCAAACUGGGAGAGUUCGCGAGCAUGCUUCAUUCCCACUUCAACUGGACCACUCGGGCGGUGGUGAUCUUCCACGACCUGAGACAGGACGACCGACCACACUACUUUCUCUCGGAGGGGAUAUUUCUAAAUUUGAAAUUUGAGUUGAACGUGACGAUCGAAGCCCAGCCGUACCAGGCCCACAGCAAAGAGUACAAGGACCUCAUCACCUGUAUGAAGGAAAAUGGAAGAAUUGUGUACAUCUGUGGACCCCUGGACACGUUCCUGAGCAUCAUGAAGCUGUUUCAGAAUGAUAUCCCCGACCCUGAGAACUACGCCAUCUUUUACCUGGACGUGUUUGCAGAGAGUUUGACCGAACGCAAGCCCUGGAAAAACUCAGACCCAGACUGGACGGAUGCCAUUAAAGUCUUCAAGUCUGUGUUCGUCAUAACCUACCGGCCGCCAGACAACCCAGAGUACUUGGACUUCCAGAAGAAGCUCCAUGCCCGGGCCCUGAAGGACUUCGGUGUGACUCUGGAGCCCUCGCUGAUGGACUACAUUUCUGGGAGCUUCUACGACGGUUUCGUGCUUUACGCCAUGGCCCUGGAGGAGAACCUGGCCGAGGGCGGCGCCCAGAAUGACGGCAUCAAUAUCACUAUGAGGAUGCAGAACCGCCGCAUCUGGGGAGUAACAGGCCUAGUUACAACAGACAACAACAAUGCCCGGGAUAUAGACAUCAACGUGUGGUCAAUGACCAACCAGGAGACAGGAGAAUAUGGGUUGGUUGCCUACUACAACGGAACAAACAAAGAGAUUGUCUGGUCCCAGACGGAGAAGAUCCAUUGGCCCAGUGGGGGCCCACCCCUGGACAACCCCCCCUGUGUCUUCUCCACAGAUGAUCCUUCUUGUAAUGACGGUCAUCUGCCAGUGCUGGGGAUUGUCGCCGUGGGUUCUGGCUUAGCGCUGAUCGUGUUUGGGAUCUCCAGCUUCCUCAUUUAUAGGAAGCUGAAGCUGGAGAAGGAGCUGGCUGGGAUGCUGUGGAGGAUCAAGUGGGAGGACCUGCAGUUCGAGAGCCCCAACAAGUACCACAAGCGGGCGGGCAGCCGCCUCACCCUCUCACAGAGAGGUUCCAGCUACGGCUCGCUGAUAACUGCCCAUGGAAAAUAUCAACUGUUUGCAAAAACGGGCUAUUUUAAGGGAAAUCUGGUGGCCAUCAAGCAUGUGAACAAAAAGCGGAUAGAACUGACUAGACAAGUGUUGUUCGAGCUCAAACACAUGCGCGACGUUCAGUUCAACCACCUGACGAGGUUCAUCGGAGCCUGCAUCGACCCGCCCAACAUCUGCAUCGUCACCGAGUACUGUCCAAGGGGAAGUCUGCAGGACAUUCUGGAGAAUGACAGCAUUAACCUGGACUGGAUGUUCCGAUACUCCCUGAUCAACGACGUGGUGAAGGGUAUGAACUAUCUCCACAACAGCUACAUAGGCUGCCAUGGAAAUCUGAAGUCAUCUAAUUGUGUGGUGGACAGCCGAUUUGUUUUGAAAAUCACGGAUUAUGGCCUGGCUAGCUUCCGCUUCUCCAGUGAGAACGAUGACUCACAUGCACUUUAUGCAAAGAAGCUGUGGACGGCUCCGGAGCUGUUGAUAUACGACCGCCACCCUCCACUGGGGACACAGAAGGGUGACGUGUACAGCUUUGGCAUCAUACUCCAGGAAAUAGCCCUGAGAAAUGGGCCCUUUUAUGUGGAUGGCAUGGACCUCAGCCCCAAAGAGAUCGUGCAGAAAGUGCGUAACGGCCAGAAGCCGCACUUCCGGCCCUCCACCGACCACAGCCAACACUGUGAGGAGUUGACCUUCCUCAUGGAGGGCUGCUGGGCCGAAGACCCCAUCGAACGCCCCGACUUCAGCCACAUCAAGAUCUACAUCACCAAGCUCAACAAGGAGGGCAGCACCAGCAUCCUCAACAACCUGCUGUCCAGGAUGGAGCAGUACGCCAACAACCUGGAGAACCUGGUGGAGGAGCGCACGCAGGCUUACCUGGAGGAGAAACGCAAGGCCGAGAACCUCCUCUACCAGAUUCUGCCACACUCUGUGGCGGAGCAGCUGAAGAGAGGGGAGACGGUGCAGGCGGAGGCCUUCGACAGCGUCACCAUCUACUUCAGUGACAUCGUGGGCUUCACCUCCAUGUCGGCCGAGAGCACGCCGCUACAGGUCGUGACCCUGCUCAAUGACCUGUACACCUGCUUCGACGCCAUCAUCGACAAUUUCGACGUAUACAAGGUGGAGACCAUCGGCGACGCCUACAUGGUCGUGUCGGGGCUCCCCGUGCGCAACGGGAAGCUGCACGCCAGGGAGAUCGCCGGGAUGUCCUUGGCCUUGCUAGAACAGGUCAAAACAUUCAAGAUCCGACACAGACCCAAUGACCAGCUGCGGCUCCGAGUCGGAAUACACACAGGGCCUGUCUGUGCAGGCGUGGUGGGUUUGAAGAUGCCCAGGUAUUGUUUAUUCGGGGACACUGUCAACACCACGUCCAGGAUGGAGUCUAACGGGGAGGCCCUGAGGAUCCACCUCUCCUCAGCCACUAAAGAAGUGCUGGACGAGUUCGGUUACUUUGACCUCCAGUUACGAGGGGAUAUAGAGAUGAAGGGCAAAGGCAAAAUGAGAACCUAUUGGCUUCUGGGAGAGAAGACCGACGUGUAUGUCAUCUGAGACGCUUGCUGAUAAUGAGGCAACGGGAGCUGCCCAGCCCAGGGACAACAACAGCUGGGCCCGGCCCCUUCUUUAUUUGUUCUAGAAUAAGUCCUUAUAUCUGUCCUCCCCUGCAGAGUGCAAAGUCAACCACACGUGUGACUUUUCACAUAGAAAUAAACUUGGGGAAAUUGAAGGUAUGUUUAUUACCUGCGGCAAAACUUGGAAUGGUAAAAAUAUAUAUAUAUAUAUUAAAAAAGUAUUUGUAAAAGCUGUUUUUUGUAUGAAGAAUCUUUCUGUAUUGGAGAGAGAGGUACUUUUGAAUUAUAAAUUCAUAUUUUUUGUGAUUUCUAGAUUUAAGAUUUGUAUGAAUAAGGUGUUUGGGAGUCCAUCAUGUGUUAG